UCCUUCGCUCACAGUAAAAUACAGCAACAGAUGCAUGUGAGUGCAGCGUUUCUGUAUGCUGCAGUCUGCUCAGGUACACUGAGGGGAUGCAAGCACACUCCCAUGUUGUGACCCAAAGGACCCCUGAGCUGCCCACGAAGCACCAGUGUGAGCAUCACUCCAUUUAACCUUGCUUACCUCGCCCAAAUAAUCUAGCUGUGAGUUCAAAUACACAUACUACAUCCCAGUGAGCAUAAUAACAACACAAACAAAUAAACACAAGGAUGGGGGGUGUCUCGUGUCCAUCAAUGUCCAAAACAUGUUGCAUAUCGCUAUGGUCCCCACAGUUUUUACCUUAAAAGGCAAUAACCUAACAUUCUAUGACUGUGCUUUGAAUUAGAAUGGAAUCACAGAAUGGAAUAUUUUAUAGAACAUUACUGAGCAGAAUUUGGCUCAGUUCACCUGCAGCCUUCGCCGUGUGAGCUACACAUUUAGUGGGACCAAACAAUAAUCCAAACCGGAGCAAGAGUUUGAAGCCAGUGAACUGAACCAUCAGUGAAUACAAAACAUCUUAAGAGUCCAGUACCCAACAGGGACAACAAACAGCACACAAACCAGUCAGCAAAAUGGAUCUGUUACCUGAGCAGGUUGACAGCACCAUGACAGAUAACGACUGGGAAGACUUGCUGUCUAUUCUCAAGUCGACUGGAGUAGAUUUAGUGGAUGAAGCGCCGAAUACUCUACCACCAUCUACUUCACCCCAACCUUCAACUUCACAUGCUCCUGUCAAUGCUGAGACGGAGCUCCAGGAGGCUGACUGUGGUGUAGCAGACAAUACCUGGGAAGACUUGCUGUCUAUUCUCAAGUCUGCUGGAGUUGAUUUAGUGGAUGAAGCACCUCACACUCCACCUUCAACUUCACCUCCUCCUGUCAAUGCUGAGAAGAGGCACAAUACCUACCCUCAACACCCACCCUCAGCACAACAAUCAUCCUCCAAAAUGGAUCCUCAAGAGUCUGACAAUAACGUUGCAGAUCAGAUCUGGGGAGAGUUGCACUCCAUUCUCAAGUCGGAUGGAUUUGAUCUUCUGGAUGACGCACCCGACCUGCUGCCUCUUUCACCUUCAUUUUCACCUUCACCUCCUCCUCCUGUCCAUGCUGAGCUGGAGGAGGGAGGAUAUGGUGGCUGUAGCUCCCUGGGAGCAGCUCCUCAGAGGGUCGAGCAGCAAAGUCAAUUGUUGACAGCUCCCCCCAUGAACUAUGCACCACGUCAAGAAGACAUGCAGCCAGGUCACCUGCACAGUCAGGCAGGUGCUUCCAGCCAGGGACAGCAACACAGCAUACCAGUGACGGGGUUCCUUGAAGGCAACCAGAGCCUGCGUUAUGUAGGACUGUGGAAUGGACAGCCGCUGUAUGAGAUUUGUGCUCCUGCUGUCUUUGCUGCUCCUCCAGCAGACGCGUCCAAAUCAAAAAAGAGAAAGCGUCAAAACCAGCAGGAGGGCGGUCAGUAUAUAAAGAAGCCCCCAAACGCCUUCAUGCUGUUCCUGAAUGAGCAAAGGCCACACGUUGAGGCCGAAAUCAGAAGCCGAGGGAAUGCGGCUGUAAACACGGUCCUGGGACAGAAGUGGAAGUCACUGUCACAGGAACAGCAGGCCACAUAUUACGAACAGGCCGACAGAGAAAGACGGCUCCACGCCCAGCAGCACCCGGACUGGUCGUCCAGUCACAACUAUGGCAAAAAGAGGAAGAGAGAAAGAAGAAGGAAGCCCACCUGUGCUGAAGAUGAAACACAGCAGGCCAAGAAAGUGUGUGUGACUCCAGUGCAGACAGCAGUGACGGAGGCCUUCGUCCCACAGACAGAUGUGUUCGAGCCUCACGCACACGCAGAUGUGUUCGAGCCUCACAGACACACAGAUGUGUUCGGGCCUCACAGACACACAGAUGUGUUCGAGCCUCACGCAUACGCAGGUGUGCUCGAGCCUCACACACAAACAGGUGUGUUCGAGCCUCACGUACACACAGAUGUGUUCGCGCCUCACAGACACACAGAUGUGUCCGAGCCUCACAGACACACAGAUGUGUUCGAGCUUCACGCAUACGCAGGUGUGCUCGAGCCUCACACACAAACAGGUGUGUUCGAGCCUCACGUACACACAGAUGUGUUCGCGCCUCACGUACACACAGAUGUGUUAGAGCCCAGCAUUCAGUAUGUGACGUUGUCCCUGCCUCCUGACUGGAUGUUCCAGCAACAGCUUCCAGUUCAUUCGCCUCCACCAACUCACACACAGACGUCUAUCAGCCAGUCACAGACAAGCUACCCAGCCAAUGACGGAGCAGCUCGAUCCCCUUCCAAUCACUGCACAGCCUCAGCUGCACAUGGACAGACUCAGUGUCCUCCGUAGCUUCUUUAUUAUUAUUAUUUACUUUUUUUUUUUGCAAUUUUGCGGAAUCUGAUCAAUAAAAUGUAGUAACCUAAUUAAUGAUGAUGUAUUAUCAUUGGCUAAGAUGAGACCUUAGUGAGCCUCAGGGUGUGAACUGAUAAGCAACACUGCAGUAUACAAAGCAGUGACAAUAAGCCCCACCUUCAGCAGCUGAAACAUUAAUGUGAUCAUGACAUUAAGGCUCAUUCUGCAUAAUGUGCAUUUUGGCUUUGAUGUCUUUAGUAGAUUUGGAUUUCUGAUGGAGAUGGACUGAUGGAGGUCUGACCUGUGAAGACAAAUACACUCAGUUUGGCUAGUUUGGUUACCUUCAUAUGAUGUGGUCAUAAUGUGGUCCAACUUCUGCCUGCUGGCUGAAUACAUAUUAAUUUUUGCUCAGACUGUACCCCAGUCAAGAUAAGUCAAGAUAAACAGCAUAAGCUCCACGUUCCCUCACUAUUGUUGGAGACAUGUCAGAAAACUUCACUGCGGUAGCCUGCCUCAACCGGCAGGGGGCGCUAUGAGUAUAUGUGUAACCCUCUUCAAACAAGCCCAGUUGGCCCCAGAAAAGGCACAUGUGAGCUGUGUCAGCUGAAACAGAUAACCAGCUGAAAGUAAUGGAUUCUCUUUCUUCUUUGUCUAAUUCUGUUUAGCACCAACAUCUGUUGAACACUGAGAGAGCACAGGCCAUACUGGUUUAUGUUUUGAAACAUUUAUCUUCAUGGAUAAGAAGGAACCAGCCCAAGGCCAGAUUUCUAUAUAAACACCGUGCAAUGCAAGUUACUUCAUAAGGAAA